AUGAUUUUAUUAACUAAUGAGCAUCUACAUGAAUAAAACAAAAAGCUUACUGAAGAAAAUUAAAAAUUAGAAUUAAUUGUUUGUAGUCUCAAAAGGCAAAUAACAAAUUUAACAAUCUUAAUUGAUAAAUCAAAAAAACUUCAAGAACAGGUGAAUCUUCUGAAUUAAGAGUUAAGUAAUCUAAAAAGAGACAAUGUCUAUUUGUAAGAAAAGAUACUGACCUUAUAAUCAUUGCAAAAUGAAAAGAAUAUACGCAAAAGAGAAGAAGAACAGUAUUUAGAAAUUGAAAAAGUAAAAUAAUAUUAUGAAAAUGAAUUAAAUAUUUUGAAGUUAGAAAAUUAAAAACUGCAUCGUAUGAUUAAUGAAUCAAAUGAUAAGUCUGUAUAUGUACUUGAGAAGUCAGCAUCAAAAUUGGUUGAAAUUGGAAAUAAAAUUGAUAAAAAAUUGGGGGAGUAAAACCAUCGAAGAAUUUCAAGCAAUCCAAACUUACUAUCACCAAAAGGGAUGACAAAAGAGAUUUAUAAAAAUUUGAUAUAGAAACUAACAAAUCAGACAGAUGAGAAAUCUAUCUUAUCUUCUAUGUAUUUUUAUUAAUAUUUUAAUUAAUAGAUCUUAGCCAAAGCUCUAGGAUUCUGGUCUUUUUACAAAGUCCUAGCCAAAAGUAAUUCCUACCCUUGGUAUUAAGAGCAAUCAAUCAGAAUAAUUAUUACCAAACCUUGUAAACGUUAUCAAAAAAUGA